AUGUCGCCGCGGAGGAAAGCUGGGACUUCUGCGAGCAGGAUCGAGGGAAGUGGAAGUGUGGGACCCAAAGACACGUCAUCUUCUUAUUCCGGUACUUCCGGGUCUCAUCACCAAUCGUCGAGGCAAACUGUGAGCUCCAGCAACACCAGUCAACAUCAAGAACAUCAUCGGACGACACCAUCCAGUGCCCGUCGAGUGUUCGACACUUCAUUCAUUGCGUCCAAUCAUCCCCUCGAUCAAGGUGCCAAUCCUGCUUCCAUCAGAGCCGUCAGGAGCAACACAUUCCUCAGACGGGAUCGUACAACGACGGACUGUUCGGCAAAGCUUUGUCGAGAGGUGGCAGCAUCAGCAGCGUUCGGUCACAGAGUUCCCAGCAGCAACGUGAAUACCGCGAGUAUCACUCGUCCAACCAAACUCACGGAGGUGGAACUGUCCUUGUGGGAAUGCCUUCAUCCACGUCAGUCGACGACGGACGAUCCGACGAUGACUUUCAAGGAGCCACGACCUCUGUUUCGGAUAGAGCUAAAGCUUGGAGUAGUCGAGGUGUGGCUUACAACUUUGCGUCGGAAUCCACAAGCACUAGCAAGAUCGGUGGUACCGGAGUCGAUGGCGAGGUGGAAACGGUCGUCAAAAAGAGCCAACUAGUGA